AACCUGGGCAAGAGAAGGUCUUACUUGCAGAAAUAAGUAAAAAAAAUAAAGCUGUGAAAUCAAAAGUUGUAGUCUAUGAAGCCGAAAGUGGUAAAUCUAUGAAACCGAAGAAUGAAAAGGCCAAACUAUCUAGCUACAUUGGUGAAGCUGGUGGUUCAAGAAAUCUUAGAAUAUUUGAAGACGGUUCAAGAGAAAUAAGAUAG